GGACAAUUCAGUUCAGCGGAGGGAACCCAUUUACGAAGGAUCACUCGUCACUACACACAAGUGCGUAUCCUUCUUUUGCCUGAUUCUUCCGUCGUUACGCUGGAAAAAUUCUUGAAAAUAGCAUACAAACAGAUGGUGAUGUUUAUUCUCAUGUUGAAGCUGUUGCAUUAGUUGAUAAAGAUGGGGUAAAUACUCUUACAAUUGAAGCAUCAGGAGACCCUAAAACAGAUGAAACAAUUUCAGCUGAUAAAUUUCUAGAAAGCAGCAUCAAAAUUUCAUCCGAUCAUCUUCCUGGUCAUACGUUGGGAACUCAUCGAGAUGAGAUAGGAAUCAACCAAAACCUGAAUGUAGAUUAUGGCCAGUUAGUUACUGAUUUUGGCAUGGCUAUCAAUAAAGAAAGCGAUCAGGAGAUUCCUUGUGCAGAUGGCAACAAUUAUGUGGUUGGGAGUUCUUCAUUGAACACUCAUGACCUAACAAGAAGCCCUUUAGACCAGUUGGUAGUGUUACCUGACGUGCAUGCAAGUAAUCUUGAGGGACUAGAUGCCAGCUUGUCAAAUAAUACUGCGUGCAAGAUGGAACCCAACAGCAACAAUAUUGGCACUGAAGAUGAGUCUACCUUGAAUGCAUCUGUGUUUCAAUCCAGUCAAAUACAUAACAUUGAUGUUCUUGAGGAAAUUAUCGUUGAUGCAAGAAAUAACAAGAAAACAUUGUUUUCGGCAAUGCAGUCGGUCAUCAAGUUGAUGAGGGAAGUAGAGCUUAAGGAGCAAGCUGCAGAACAAGCCAAAGUAGAAGCUGCUGCUGAGGGUGCGGAUAUACUGGCUGAGGUUGAGGAUCUCAAACAAAUGGUGCAGACCAUGAAGGAGGCAAAUGGCAUGCAUGCUGGAGAAGUGUAUGGUGAGAAGGCCAUCCUAGCUACCGAGUUGAGAGAGCUUCAGUCUCGUGUGCUCAGCCUGUCAGAUGAAAGAGACAAAUCUCUUGCUGUUCUUCAUGAGAUGCAUCAAACAUUAGAGGAACGAUUAGCUGCAGCCGAAAAUGAAAUAAAAUCCAUGGAGCAGGAGAAAAUAGAAAAGGAUAAGGCUGCAAUGAAAUCCCUCGCAGAGCAAGAACUGAUUAUGGAAAAAGUGAUGCAAGAGUCGGAGAUCCUGAAACAACAGGCAGAAGAUAAUGCCAGGUUGCAGGAAUUUCUUGUGGAUCGCGGUCGUGUUGUGGAUAUGUUGCAAGGAGAAAUUGCAGUGAUAUGUCAGGAUGUGAGACUUCUAAAGGAGAAAUUUGAUGAGCGUGUUCCAUUUAGCAAAUCACUCUCAUCCAGCCAGACCAGCUGCAUCUUAGCUUCUUCUACUUCAUCUUUGAAAAGUUUGAUCCCGGAGCCAGUGGAGUCUGUGCCUGAUGAAGCUGCUCAGUCAAUGGAGGCACAGAAGAACAGAGAUAAAAUUUCUUGCUCUAAUAAAAAGUCAUAUAAAGAGAAAGCAGCUAAAAGAAAACUCAAGGCAAUUCUAGACAAUGGAUGGGAAUUUUUGGAUAGUCAUGAAACUAAUGCUUGAGAACCUAUCUGAAGUGCAGGUUGACCAAGUGAAAAUUUGAUAAAUUUACAUUCCUCAUACCAGCUCUCUACAAGCAUCGCUGGCUCUGGAUUCCAGAUUUUGUUUUUAUUGAUUUCUGUUGGAUCGAGCAGUCGAUAUAUAUCUAGCAUGUAAACCUCUUCAAAUGUUCACUGGCUGUUGUGGAAUUCAAGGAAUUUGGAACGCUGGGAAGUUGCCUGUGUAUAUUCUGUUCAUGUAAAUAAUAAACCAUUUGACCUAGCAUAAUUUUUUGGUAAGUUUCAAGAUGGAAGAUGUUUACCGUGCCAAAUUUGCAA